UCAGUUCCCAAAUCCCAAGCCUCUUUCCUCAGUCUCCAUUAAUUAAUUUUUCGAAACCACAUUUCAGGGUCUGUAAUCAUAUCAGCCAUGCAAAAUAAAGUUCAUUCCCCUUUCACACCCACUAGUUUCGCUUCUCACCCACCGCCUUUCUCUCCCCUCUCUUUCUUUUCGUCACAUUUUUCACAGUUAGAUACGAUAUACCAUUCCACACCCCUUUCUUUGCGCCUCUUUAAUCUCUCGCUCCCUCCCUCAACCCCCUUGAUUCUUAGAUCUUAGUCUUCCUCACUCCCCUUUCUCUCUUUACUUUAUCCUUUCGUUAUAUCUACGUACUCUCCGUCUUCCAACAUGAGAAAAUCUAUACUUUGCGAGUUGUGCACUGAAGUUGCUUCUCUGUAUUGUGCCUCGGACGCUGCAUUUCUUUGCUCCCGCUGCGACUCCAGAGUUCACCAGGCCAAUUUCCUCGUCGCUCGUCAUGUUCGCCAAGCGCUCUGUUUGAAUUGCAAGGGCUUCGCCGGGGACCCCAUUUCAGGUUCCGGAGCUCCGGCUCUCCGGCAGAUUUGUCAGGCUUGCUCUCCCGUGGAAUUUUCCGACGAUUCCGAUUCCUUUUCGUCUUCCGUUUCGAGCACUGAGUCCUCCGCUGCUGGCCCGAAGAGGAUUUCGCUCGAACAUCGGACAGUAGGAGACGAGAUCGUGAAACGGGGCAUUUCAAGCUCUGUCACGGAGAUGUCUGACGAGGAUGCGUACGUCCCGGCGAGAUUCUCCUUGUCGGCGAAGAAGAAGAAGAAGAUGAGAGCGGUGUCGUUGAGUGUGGACGUGAAGGCAGAGGCUAUUUUCUUGAAUUGGUGCGGCAAGCUUGGGGUGAAUGGUAAUUUGGUAGUGCCCUCAUCAUCCGAAGCCUUGGGAUUUUGUUUGGUCAUGCUGACAGCUUUUCCCUUCCGAGUGUGCAUGGCGACGUCGCUUUGGUUGGGCUUGAGAUUUAGCGGGGACAAGUCACUGUACACGUGUCAUAAACUGAGGAGACUGGAGGAGGUGUCCGGAGUGCCGGUUAACGUGAUCCUGGCCGCCGAGGCGAAGGUCGCACGUGCGCUGAGGGUCAGGAAGGCACGACCUGAGUCUGAGGAAGGAUGGGCUGAGUGUUCCGCUUGAGUUGCACGUGCGAGUACAUGGUAUAGUAAAUGCACGUGUUUAUGGAUAUGGUUAAUCUCAGCUGAAUCAAUUCAGUUUCUUGAAGUUCUUGCGUUUCUCUUUCAUCCCCUAUGUUUUUUGACAGGAAAUUAAGGAUUCUAAUUUUUGUAAUUCUGAGGGCAAACAAGGAAUUGAAAUGCAUGUCUCCUGACCGUGGAAUUUAGUUUGGAUAGAAA